AACACACACACAAAUGACACGCCCUCUGACAAAUGAUUCAGUUCUCUGGAAUGAAACACACCCCUGAGUUAGAGUUGAAGCAAGAGAAGUGCUGUGACGAAGCUCCGCCCCUCACCUGGCUCAUCUCACACAAACCAGGAAACAGUUUGUGAUUCUUUCUCAGUCAAGAGAAACUCAGACCAUCAGACGGAGCUUCAGCGUCCUCAGACUGAGUCCAGCUACAACACUGCUGCUUCCAGCUGCUGACACUCCAAACACUGAAGAUUCACUCACACAAUAAAUGGAUUCCAGAUCAGAGGAGGAUCUCUGCUGUCCGGUCUGUCAGGACGUCUUCACAGAUCCUGUUCUUCUGUCAUGUAGCCACAGCUUCUGUAGAGACUGUCUGAAGACCUGGUGGAGACGGAAACCAACACGCGACUGUCCAGUUUGUCAGAGAAGAUCUUCAAAGUCUAAACCACCUCGUAACCUGGUUUUAAAGAAUCUGUGUGAGUCCUUCAAGCAGCAGAGAUCUCAGAGAUCUUCAGAGUCUUUCUGCAGUUUACACUCUGAGAAACUCAAAUUCUUCUGUCUGGAUCAUCAUCAGCCAGUGUGUGUCGUCUGCAAACAUUCUAAAAAACACUCCAACCACAGAUUCAGACCCAUCAAUGAAGCUGCACGACAACAAAGGAAGGAACUUCAGGAAACUCUGAAAUCUUUAAAGAAAAAGCUGAAGGUUUCUGAACGAGUUAAAGUGAAGUUUGAUCAAACAGCAGAACACAUUAAUGUCCAGGCCCAACACACAGAGAGGCAGAUUAAGGAGCAGUUUGAGAAGCUUCACCAGUUUCUGAUAAAGGAAGAGGAGGCCAGGAUGGCUGCACUGAGAGAGGAAGAGGAGCAGAAGACUGGGAUGAUGAAGGAGAAGAUGGAGGCUCUGAGCAGAGAGAUAGCAGAUCUUUCAGACACAGUCAGAGCCACAGAGGAGCAGCUGAGAGCUGAAGACGUCUCAUUCCUGCUAAACUACAAGGCUGCAGUGGAAAGAGUCCAGCGCUGCCUCCUGCUGAAGGAUCCACAGCUGCUCUCAGGAGCUCUCAUAGACCAGGCCAAACAUGUGGGCAACCUGAGCUUCAACAUCUGGAACAACAUGAAGGACAUGGUCUCCUACACUCCUCUCAUUCUGGACCCAAACUCUGCAAAUCCAGAACUCAUCCUGUCUGAAGAUCUGACCAGUGUGACGGUAGGAGAUGAACAGCAGCUUCCUGAUAAUCCAGAGAGAUUUGAUCUUCAUGGCUUCAUUCUGAGCUCUGAAGGCUUCAACUCAGGAACUCACAGCUGGAAUGUUGAGGUUGGAGACAGUAAAUUCUGGGAACUGGGUGUGUUAGAAGAGUCUGUCCAGAGGAAGGGAUGGAUACAGUCUGGAUUAUGGAGAAUAUUGUUCUCUGAAGGUAAAUACUCAGCAGGUUCACCACUAAUUUCCUCCACUGUUCUCUCAGUGCAGAAGAAGCUCCAGAGGAUCAGAGUGAAUCUGGACUGUAACAGAGGAAAGCUGUCCUUCUCUGAUCUUGAUACUAAAACCCUCAUACACACCUUCAAUCACACUUUCACUCAGAGGAUGUUUCCACUCAUUUAUACUGGUGGGAAAGUAAAGAUUUUACCAGAGAAGUUCUCAGUGACAGUGGAAUAGAUCAGUUAGAGAUCAACAGGAUCAUGUUUCAAAAUGUUUCUUUCUUGAAGGAAACCUCUUAGACAUCAACAAAUGGACGAUGUCAAGCGACAGUCAGAAAUGUUUAACCUUUGCGGUGUGCUUGAGUAAAUGUUUG